AUGGGGCGCUGGUCCGACAGAGGCGCUGGCAGCGCCCUACCCCAAGGUGCUUCUCCGGCAUUCAAAUAUCUGCAAAGAUUCCGCCUAAGUUCACCGCACAAUUCCUUUGGUGUCGCCAACUGCCGGAGCCCGGAGCCAACGUCCAUGGCAUACCGCCACCUGUCUAUCUACGGUAUAAAAUUUCUCGAACUCGAGGUCAUCAAUCAUGGAGGAGGGCCAGCACAUUGCCAGGUUAAGCUCCUCACAAGCCGCAUAUGUCGUGAUAACUUCAUGGCAAGCGGUUGA